AUGAACAGCCUCGGGCCUUCAAUUUCACGGAUAGCGUGUCUGGAUACACGACGCUUGUUGCAGACCUGCUCCAAAGUCGAUUGUCUCGCCGCAAGGAUAGCACAACAAUAUGCGCGGCCAUACUCGAUAUUUAGUUAUCGAUGUGCUUGGAGGGACAGGCAAACAUCAGUAUCGGGUGGAUUAAGACCAAUACUUCGAAUACCGAACACAACUUCCCAAAUUCGAAUUGGGGCUAGAACAUUCGCAUCGCAGCGGAUAAUCCGAGACUUCACAGACUUGCCUGAAGAUUACGAAUCCGAAGAUGGCCUCACAUUUAGAGAACAACCCAUAUCACAAAAUGAAGUUCUCGGGAUAUUCGGGAAGGGCGUCGAUGCCAAGACGGCAAAUCAAAUUCUUAGAGUAUUACAUGGCCUGCGAGUGUCAGGAACAUUAGAGGACCCAAACUCAGCUCGACUCAAAGCACCGUUCGAGGGUUUACUGAUCAAGAGAGGGCUAAGCUGGCUAAGGAAAAAUGUACCUGUGGACGAGGUGAUGAAUGCUGGUUUGAGAGCUGAGCAGGAAUUGGAGGCACUGAACUUGGAGACGGUACAGGACAGUAUUAAAAUUGGGCUUUGGCGUCCCAAUUCUCGGGAAAUUGGCGAGGGGGAAUCACCAUAUGGGAAAAGUAGUUUUGACAAAAUCAGAGAAGAUGAAGCGAAACGUUUGGAUGAGAUGGAGAAGGAAUCGGAGGAGAAACGGAAGAGCCAGGCGGAUGAAAUUCGAGAGAAUACCGGCACCUUGCAAAUAGGUUCAGCUUCAAACGUCGAACUUCAAAGACCUGGGCAAAACCCAAGGCUAAAAUAUUAUAUGGAACGAUCCCACAUCCUCCCUGACACUCCUCCAGAAAUGAGUAUCUUCCAACGACUAUUCCCCUCAGGACUGGUCGUCCUAGGCACAUUGAUAGGCGCCUACGUCUUCACCCAAGUCUACACACCACCCGCACCCUCCGCACGCCUCUUUCCAGACGUACCCCCCUCAGCCGCAACGGUAGCCGGCAUCAUCCUCAUGAAUAUCGGCGUCUUCGCCCUCUGGCGCUUUCCCCCCGCGUUCCGAUUCCUAAACAUGCACUUCAUCCUCGUUCCCGGCUAUCCCUUCGCAUCUAGCAUGCUUGGCAAUGUCUUCUCGCACAUGGCUUUCUCGCAUCUAGCUUUUAACAUGGGAGUACUUUGGUUCGUAGGCACCCGUCUGCACGACGAGAUUGGUCGCGCCAAUUUCCUCGCUAUCUAUAUGGCCAGCGGUGUCAUAUCCAGUUACGUCUCCUUUGCGUCCUUCGUUUUACGCAAUAAUUUUGUGACCUCUAGUCUCGGCGCAUCGGGGGCUGUGUGCGGUAUCAUUGCUUGCUAUUUAUCUAUCAAUUCCGGAGAGAAAGUCAAGCUCUUCGGUAUCUUUCCGCCGGAUAAUUGGCCAUCUUUGAGCGCAUUGGGCAUGCUGGUUUUUCUGGUGGGGGUGGAACUGUUCCCUCUUUUAAGCAAGAGUGCGAUGCUGGGAUUGGUGGAUCAUACGGCACAUUUGGGGGGUUAUGCGGCUGGGAUUGGGAGUGCACAGUUGCUGAUGUAUAGGUUAAGAAGGAGGAGGGAGAUGGAGAGGAAGAGGAGGAAGGAGAUGGGGAUUGUGGAUAGGAUUAGAGAGGGGAAGGUGUAG